GUAUAGGCUGGAAGUGUUGUUGCCGCAAUGCCGUCGAAACGCUGUUAUUUUCAUCCGGAUUGCAGGUCCACUUUGUUCAGCCUUCCUAGGGACGGGGGAGUUAGGGAUCAAUGGUUAAAAUGUAUUUUUAACUCGGUCCCUCAUAAUUAUUACCCAAAUCUCGCUCUCUGUGCUGCACAUUUUACGGAGGAAAGCUUCCACAAUCUUCGCGAGUUCAAUGCAGGAUUCGCACAACGGCUUGUCCUGAAAGAUGGAGCAGUUCCAACUUUAAGAACAGAAGCUGUUGUUUACGGGCCACAACCUCAGCAAAAAUCCGCAAGGAUUGAUCUUCAGUACUUUCCGAUGGAUCCAAAGAAAAGUACUAAGAAGGGUGUGAAGGACAGUACAGGAAGUAGUGAUGAAGAUAUUUGUGACCGGGACAGUGUGGCCAGUAGUGUGGACAGCACAGCAGAGGAAAUGUUUAUGGAUGGCCUUGACUCUGUUUUAGAUCGGCCUUCAUGUGACAUUUACCCCCCAGAGGAUGACUGUGAUUCAGAGGACAACCCACAGCAGAGAAAGAGAUUCCGUCUGUCUUCCACUGCUGAUAGGGAUGGCAGAGAGAGUGAAAAGGAUGGUUUCUCUGUAUCAACAGAAAGGUGGCACAGCUCAGAUGAAGCAGAUGUUGAACCACUUCAGCUGGAUUUCACUCCUGUCCAAGAACCUGGGCCAAAGUUUUUACCGAGUUGGUGCAGCAAUCCUUUGCAGUUUUUUCAACUGUUGUUUUCAAAAACAAUGUUGCAGACCAUUGUAGAGCACACAAAUGACUAUGGAGCCAAGUGCCAAGAGAGAAAGGGCAAGGUCUGGGAAAAUAUUUGUCAAAACGACUUGAAGUCGUACAUAGCCCUGGUCAUUUACAUGAGUAUGUUCAAGUGCUCUUCGCUGACUGACUAUUGGAGUGUUUCCCAGCACUUCAGUCUGUCCUUUCCUGCAAAAGUCAUGUCUUACCAGAAAUUUCUGUCAAUCUCUAAAGCUCUUCAUCUAAGCGACAGCAGGGAGGAUGAGAAGAACCGCGUUAGGAGGGGAACAGCAGCCUUUGAACGCCUGGGUAAAAUUCAACCCCUGUAUCAAGUUAUUAGGGAGGCUUGCAAGACAUUUUUUCAUCCUUUUCAGAGAAUCACCAUUGUUGAAAGAAUGGUGACAUCGCAGGCUAGAACUGGACUCAAGCGAUGCAUGAAAAACGAAUCUCCAAACAUGGGGUACAAACUCUUUGCACUGACAGACUGCACCUCUGGCUAUACGUGGGACUUCUUUAUUUACGAGGGGAAGUCAUGUUCUUCACAGAGCGAGGGCUUGAGUUAUGAGUCCGUUAUGGCAUUGGUGGAUGAAAAUAUGUUGGGUUCUGGGUACAAACUGUUCGUAGACAAAUUUUACACCAGCCCCACACUCUUCAGUGACCUCUUGUGUAAAAAGGUCUGGGCUUGUGGCCCUGUAUGGGCAAACAGGGCAGGUUUCCCUAAAACAACUGUGAACAGACUGUCAAGGACCGCUCCGCGCGGCACCAUGCGUUGGAUUAGGGAUGACGAGCUGCUGUUUGUUGAGUGGAAAGACUCAAAGGAAGUGCAGAUGUGCUCCACCUUCCAUAAAGCCUAUGAAGGUGAUACUGUGCAGAAGAAGGUGAAGGGUGACGCUCAACCGACCCAUGUGCAGGUCCCCAUUCCAGCUGUGGUGUUGGACUUCAAGAAGACCAUGGAGGCAGUGGAUCUAUCUAAUUGCGUUACUGGACAUUAUAGAGCUCUACAUAAACCGAAGAAGUGGUAUCAAUGUGUUUUUUAUCACUUUUUGGACAUCACUGUAGAGAAUGCAUUCAUCAUGCAGGAACUAAUGGCCAAGAGAAAGAACAUGAUGCCUUUGACUCGAAAGGCAUUCUUGGAGACGCUUAUUUUAGAGCUUACAGAAAUUGGUACUUAGGAUUUGGCACCAGUUUCCUCCACUUCUUCUUUAGCAGUUCCUCCUCAGUAGUUCCCUCUUCUUUCCACAAGCCAAAGAACAUCACACCAGACAACACGAGUAGAAGGAAGUGCAGGUUCUGCAACCAGACAACUCUUGUGAUGUUGUGCUUUCAGUCUGAGAGGGACGGUUUCAAUGAUUGGCAUGAAAAAUAAGGCUUUUGAUUUAUGGCUUCAGUGAAUGUUACUAUGUUAAGAGUCGUUUUUGUACCAUGUUAACUGUUUUAGGUGCAUUGCUUGAUUCCAAUUAUCAGAAUAUUUAAAAUAAAUUUAAAAUUGUAAACUGGAAUAAAUAUGUUUUGAAUCGUAUUAAAUUAUCUAAAUUUUA